GGCCCGGCGUGACAGCGGGCGAGGUGGCGCGAGCUCGGGCGGGCGAUGGGGCUGCUCAGCAUCCUGAAGAAGAUGCGGCAGAAGGAGCGGGAGCUGCGACUGCUUAUGCUGGGCCUAGACAAUGCUGGCAAAACAACCAUCCUGAAGAAGUUCAAUGGGGACGAGAUUGAUACCAUCUCGCCCACGUUAGGGUUCAACAUCAAGACGCUGGAGCAUCGUGGCUUCAAGUUGAACAUCUGGGAUGUGGGGGGCCAGAAGUCCCUGCGCUCUUACUGGAGGAACUACUUUGAGAGCACGGACGGCCUCAUCUGGGUGGUGGACAGUGCCGACCGCCAGCGUCUGGAUGACUGCAAGCGGGAACUGCAGAGCCUUCUGGUGGAAGAGCGCUUGGCUGGAGCCACCUUGCUCAUCUUUGCCAACAAGCAGGACCUGCCAGGGGCACUGAGUGCCAGUGCCAUCCAGGAGGCUUUGGACCUUGACAGCAUCCACAGCCACCACUGGUGCAUCCAAGGCUGCAGCGCCUUCACGGGGGAGAAUUUGCUGGCAGGCAUCGACUGGCUACUGGAUGACAUCUCGAACCGGAUAUUCACAGCGGACUAAGCAGCGGUGGGGACAGGCAUACCCCGCCUCCCCAUGAGCCUGUGUGGCUGGGGGCUCGGAC